AUGGCUCGGCCCUGCUCCGCGUCCGCGCUGCUCUGCGCGCUGGUCCAGGUGCUGUGCACACUGUCGCCGCCUGCUUGCGGGGCAACCGCGGCGCGGGGAGCGGUCCAGGCGCGUGCGCCCCAGGCGCGGGUGAGUGCCCGGGGGCCCAGCAGUAUGGUGGUGGAACACCCUGAGUUCCUCAAGGCAGGCAAACAGCCAGGCCUGCAGAUCUGGCGUGUGGAGAAGUUCGACCUGGUACCCGUGCCCCCCAACCUUUACGGAGACUUCUUCACUGGCGAUGCCUAUGUCAUCCUGAAGACCGUGCAGCUGAGAAAUGGGAAUCUGCAGUAUGACCUCCACUACUGGCUGGGCAAUGAGUGCAGCCAGGAUGAGAGUGGGGCGGCUGCCAUCUUCACAGUGCAGCUGGAUGACUACCUGAAUGGCCGGGCUGUGCAACACCGAGAGGUCCAAGGCUUUGAGUCAGGCACCUUCCUUGGCUACUUCAAGUCUGGCCUUAAGUAUAAGAAAGGAGGCGUGGCAUCAGGAUUCAAGCACGUGGUACCCAAUGAAGUGGUGGUGCAGAGACUCUUCCAGGUCAAAGGGCGGCGUGUGGUCCGUGCCACUGAGGUGCCAGUGUCUUGGGAGAGCUUCAACAAUGGUGACUGCUUCAUUCUGGACCUGGGCAAUGAAAUUCACCAAUGGUGUGGCUCCAACAGCAACCGAUUUGAGAGACUGAAGGCCACACAAGUGUCCAAGGGCAUCAGGGACAAUGAGCGGAGUGGCCGGGCCCGAGUGCAGGUGUCUGAGGAGGGUGCCGAGCCUGAGGGAAUGCUCCAGGUGCUAGGUGCCAAGCCAGUUCUACCCCCAGGUACUGAGGACACAGUCAAGGAGGAUGCAGCUAACCGCAGGCUGGCUAAGCUCUACAAGGUCUCCAAUGGUGCAGGCACCAUGUCGGUCUCCCUAGUGGCUGAUGAGAACCCCUUUGCCCAGGGGGCCCUGAAGUCAGAGGACUGCUUCAUCCUGGACCAUGGCACAGAUGGGAAAAUCUAUGUCUGGAAAGGCAAGCAGGCCAACAUGGAGGAGAGGAAGGCUGCCCUCAAAACGGCCUCUGACUUCAUCUCCAAGAUGGGCUACCCCAAGCAGACCCAGGUCGCAGUCCUUCCUGAGGGUGGUGAGACUCCGUUGUUCAAGCAGUUCUUCAAGAACUGGCGGGACCCAGACCAGACAGAUGGCCCAGGCCUGGCCUACCUCUCUAGCCACAUUGCCAAUGUGGAGCGGGUGCCCUUCGACGCUGCCACCCUGCACACCUCCACCGCCAUGGCUGCCCAGCAUGGCAUGGACGAUGAUGGCACAGGCCAGAAACAGAUCUGGAGAAUUGAAGGAUCCAACAAAGUGCCUGUGAACCCUGCCACGUAUGGGCAGUUCUAUGGUGGUGACAGCUACAUCAUUCUGUACAACUACCGCCAUGGUGGCCGCCAGGGACAGAUCAUCUACAACUGGCAGGGCGCCCAGUCUACCCAGGAUGAGGUUGCUGCCUCUGCCAUCCUGACUGCCCAGCUGGAUGAGGAGCUGGGAGGUACCCCUGUCCAGAGCCGUGUGGUCCAAGGCAAGGAGCCUGCCCACCUCAUGAGCCUAUUUGGCGGGAAGCCCAUGAUCAUCUACAAGGGUGGCACUUCCCGUGAUGGCGGGCAAACUGCCCCUGCCAGUACUCGCCUCUUCCAGGUCCGGGCCAGCAGCUCUGGAGCCACCCGGGCCGUUGAGGUGAUCCCUAAGGCUGGUGCGCUGAACUCCAACGAUGCCUUCGUCCUGAAGACCCCCUCAACUGCCUAUCUGUGGGUGGGUGCAGGGGCCAGCGAGGCCGAGAAGAAGGGGGCCCAGGAGCUGCUCCAGGUGCUGCGGGCCCAGCCCGUGCAGGUGGCAGAAGGCAGUGAGCCAGACAGCUUCUGGGAGCCACUGGGUGGAAAGGCUGCCUACCGCACGUCCCCGCGGCUGAAGGACAAGAAGAUGGACGCCCACCCUCCUCGUCUCUUUGCCUGCUCCAACAAAAUCGGACGUUUUGUGAUCGAAGAGGUUCCUGGAGAGCUCAUGCAAGAAGAUCUAGCCACUGAUGAUGUCAUGCUCCUGGACACCUGGGACCAGGUCUUUGUCUGGGUUGGAAAGGAUUCUCAAGAAGAGGAAAAGAUGGAAGCCUUGACCUCUGCUAAGCGGUAUAUCGAGACAGACCCAGCUAAUCGGGACAGACGGACCCCCAUCACUGUUGUGAAGCAAGGCUUUGAGCCUCCCUCUUUUGUGGGCUGGUUCCUUGGCUGGGAUGACAACUACUGGUCUGUGGACCCCUUGGACAGAGCCAUGGCUGAACUGGGAGCCUAAGAAGGGGCAGGACCCAUCAGUGUCACUGGUCAGUGCCUUUUAGAACUGUCCAUCCCUCGAAGAGACCCUACAGUGGGCAGGGCAACUUGGGUGUGUGUUUGUUUUUUUUACAUUAGCCAAAAACAGCCUUGCAAAAAGGGUCCUUGCAAAUUGUCUCAAAUAUCUGUGCUUUGGAGAUUUAAUUCAAUAAAAGCUUUUGAAAUGUG